AUGGCUUUCAUUUGCAAUGGUCAGGACCAACUCAUCUUCAUGGAGCAAGACCAGACCGAAACCAAGCAUCAUAAGCGCCUUCGCGAAAUGUUUCGAUUAUUUCAGCGUACGAAAAAACAGAGAGAAAAAGCGAGCCAGCGCUCUGACGAGGAGUCGAAAGAGUCCAAAGUUACGACGCCAGCAGCACCGCCAACAGUACAGUCGCAACAAUCACGAAGACUUUCUUCUUUGGGUGCCAAACGUCAAAGUAAAUCGCCAGCGCAAUCUCGUUCUCCAAGUAAAGAAACUAGAAAGUCUCCAUCGAAGAAGACAUCCGAAGCCGAAGAAAGUGCUACAACAGUAGAUGAGGAUGAAACAGUGGACGAGACUGCCUCAGCGCGGAAGCGACGCUUGAUACGGAAGAAAUACGGGAUUCAGAUAAAAGAUGAAGAUUUCGUCCAACGAGAAUGCAAAGAGGAAAUUGAAGAGUUUGAAAAUGUUGCCGUGGCACUUCGGCCUGCCGCCACUAAAAUGAGAAAAGCAAAACUUAGAUGGAAAGCUGUUUCACCUAAGAAGGAUAUCGAGGAAGAAACACUAGAGUCUCCUCCUGAUAUUACUGGAACUGGUUGGGAAGAGUCAAUGUCCGUUCCUUCAGAAUCGGAUUUUACGGAAACUACGCAUGAUGAAGACAAGAACUUGAGCGAGAAGUAUGCCAAAAGAUAUGCCGAACUCAAAGCAAAUCCAAAAGAGAACGUUGAACAAUUGCUGAAAGAACUUCACACGUUAUUCUUGCGAGUAAGCGAGCUAGAGCAAUUGGAGAAAACUUAUCAGGAGCAAAUCCAAGAACUAAGGAAACAGUUGGCCAUGAAAGAUGAGAAGAUCUCCGAAUUGAGCAAAAAGAGCGUAGGUACUGUUGCUGCGCUUCCCGCAACGAUGGGAAAGGAGGUUCUGGUGCAGAAAACGGCAGAAAAAGAAGAUAUGGUACCUGCGAAGAUCGAGAACGAGACGUUGACGAAGAAAACUGUUGAAAAGGAAAAAGAGGCGGCUGCCAUUGCGGAAAAGGAGAAACCGACGAAGACUUCAGCAGAAGGAGAAAAAAUGUCUGCGAAACUCGAAGCUGUUGCUAAGCGAGGUUUGGACAUCUUACGAAGAAAUCAGCUGCUCGAACAAACACUCAACGACAACGAAGCUAGAAUAAUUGCCAGCUUCUUUGAAUCCGAAGAACCCAAACCUGACAAAAAGGUGGUCGAUCUUAUUGAUAAAGCUUUAAGCUAUGGUGUAGAGGUUUUGCUCACAAGACCAGAUCUUUUCGAGGAUUUUGUUGACAACGAACUGAGGCUGUUUUUGAUUGACGCCGAUAAGGCAAAGCGCAUUCUCCUCGACUGCAUGCUUCUUCAUCCUCAGUAUGUCCCGACCAAGUGGGGAGGCAAUAUUAUGAAAAAACGACAGCGAGAAGUCCAGGAUAAAACAGCGGAAAAAGCGGAGGAAAAGAGUAAAGUGAAAGAAGAAGCAGUCAAAAAGGAGGACGAAAAGAGCAAGCCGACAGAAGCGAGUACCGUACAAGCUGCUCUACAAACCACUCGAAAUAUUUUUGACUAUUUGGUGGAAGCUAGUAAGUGGGCAGCAUCUGCAAGUACGCCCAGUGCACCGUCCGCCUCCUUCUCCAAAGAAAAGUCAACAACAGGAGAGAAAACGGUAGAGAAGACGCUGCCGAAGAGCGAGAGCAGUAAGAGCGAGAGCAAAACAGAAAGUGAUAAGAAGAACGAAAAAGAAAUAAAAGCACAGCCAAAGCCAUCUGAAAGCAAAAGCGAAGAGGAGACAAGAAUCAAACAGCAAGCUGCUAAAAAACCAGUCAAGGAACACAAGGAACAAGGGACAAGAAAUCAUGGGAAGGGUUGGAAAACUCACAAAAGUGGAUCGAAAAGCCCAGCAAAAACCUUAUGGGUACAAGAUCGGGAGCGGCAUUUGCGCAGCCAAGCCAAGGUAAAACAACGGCCGAAGAAGAAAAAUUGA